AUGAAAGAGGUGAUCAAUUUUGCAGGGCCUACGGCGACAAUCGCCGAGAGUCCGAUCCCUGAACCAAACGCCAACCAAGUCCUUAUCAAAGUGGUCGUGUCUGGGUCGAAUCCCAAGGAUUGGAAGGUCCCAGAUCUUGCGGCUUCCGGGAGCACCAAUUUUCGCUUCCUGGUUGAGGCAAAGAAGGGGCUGAAUCAAGGAGACGACAUUGCGGGAGUGGUUGAAAAGGUCGGAUCUAAUGUGGUUGAAUUCAAACCAGGUGAUCGUGUCGCAGCGUUCCAUGAAAUGUGCACCCCUGGUGGCUCGUAUGCUGAGUACGCAAUUGCAUGGAGUCACACAACCUUCCAUUUGCCCAAUCACACCUCAUUCGAAGAGGCCGCGACUAUCCCACUCGCCGCCUUGACUGCUGCUGUGUCCUUGUAUGGGCACCUUCGCUUCCCGCCCCCGUGGGCACCUGCAGUAAAACCGAUCCCAUUUAUCGUUUAUGGUGCAAGCACCGCUGUUGGCUCAUAUGCUAUCAAAAUGGCAAGCAACAGUAACAUCCAUCCUAUCAUUGCUAUCGCAGGAAGGGGUUCUCAGUAUGUCGAGAGCCUCCUCGAUAAAAGCAAAGGUGAUACAGUGGUCGACUACCGUAAAGGAGUUGAGUCGACGGUCAAGGGAAUUAGAAGCAGCCUUGAACGUGCAGGCCAUUCUGUUGUGCACCAUGCAAUUGAUGCUGUUAUAAUUUCAGAGAGUGCAGAGGUCUUGCAGCAGUCAGUCACCCCGGGUGGACAAAUUGAUUUCAUACUGCCCAACGACCUGGACGUGUCACCUGCGAUAAAGUCGAUCACUUCUGUGGGAUCAGUCCACAAUCAGCCCGAGUUUGAGAAUAAUGAGGAACUGGGCUUUAUCUUCUCCCGGUAUUUUACAAGGGCAUUGCAAGACGGCAGUUUCUCCGGUCAUCCCUUCGAAGUUCGAGCGGGCGGCCUAGAAGGUGUUGAGGAAGCCUUGAAAGACUUGAAGGCUGGAAAAGCAAGUGCUGUUAAGUACAUUUUCCGCAUUGCAGAUACACCAGGGAUCGUUUAGCAUUCUGGGGAAAUCGCCAUCAUAAAUACUAAUCAAUUGGGAGAUAUUGAAAGAGCAGGGGCUUACGUUGCAAACUCUUCGCCCAGCUUCAAAAAAUAGUAAUUUGAUAUGUCGACG